UAUCACAGCUGACUGACAUAUUGUUUCUGAAAAAAAAUAUUGUUUUAGCAUGAAUUUUUGUGUUUUAAAGUUCGUGUUGCUUUGUGGUUUUGUUUUCCUUUUUUAGGAAGACUGUGCAAGUAAAGAGAAUGUGAUCGAAGUAGACUAAAGGUAGAUGCAGUACCAUCAGUGUUUAGCUUUCGUCCCAAAAUAAAUAUUGUAAGCCCUAGAGCUUUAAGAAUGCAAUCUAGAAAAGCCAUGAGUGUGGACACAGCUCUUAACCAAGGAGUACAACAAGAGGUUGAAAUUGAGUCAACAUCAAAUAGUACUGAUAUUUCCUUACCUUCAGAGCCUGACGUACAUGUACCCAAGGACAUGCAGAUCCAGUGCGAGUUACUUGGUCGGUAUUCGAUUGAGAGGUUUAUGGACAAUCCAAAGGCAGUUUCAUUUUAUACAGGUUUUAAAUCUUAUGAACAUUUUAUGUUCUUAUUCCAUGCACUAGGUCCUGCUGCAUAUGAGCUCAAAUAUAAAUGUUCAACCCUUCAUCCAUCGGAUCAGCUUUUUAUAACAUUGAUUAAACUUAGAUGUGCCAAAGAAGAUGUAGAGUUAUCCUUGCUAUUUGAUUUAUCUGUUUCAACCAUUGCUAGGAUUUUUAAUACCUGGAUUAACUUCCUUUAUUUUCAAUUGAAUGAAUUAAAUAUUUGGCCAUCAAGAGACAUUGUUGAUAAGCAUAUGCCAGUAGAUUUUCAUAGAAAAUUUCCAAGGACGAGAGUUAUUCUUGAUGCUACCGAGAUUCCUAUCCAGAAAUCUCAAGACGUUAACAUUCAGAGUGUGACUUGGUCAUCCUACAAGCACAAAAAUACUGUGAAAACUAUGGUCGGGUGUACCCCAAGAGGUGCUAUAUCCUAUAUUUCAGACUGCUAUGGGGGAUCUACCAGUGACAGGCAGAUUAUUGAAGACUCAAGUCUUUUAGAUAAUACCAGGUUUGAAUCUGGGGAUAGUAUAAUGGCGGAUCGAGGCAUAAUGGUUCAAGACCUCUUUGCAAACAACGAUGUGUAUGUUAAUACGCCUACAAUGCUGAAAGGAAAAUCACAACUAGAGCCAGAAGAAAUUGUGAGGGAUAGACGUGUUGCAUCCAAGCGUAUCCAUAUAGAACGUGUUAUAGGAUUAGCCAAACGUUUUAAAAUUCUUAAGUCCGAACUUCCAAACACCAAACUGUCAUUAAGUAACAGAAUUGUAUUUGUUUGUUUUGCAUUGACAAAUUUCAAAAAUGCAAUUGUUGAUAAAUUUGCCUAGAUUUUCAAAGGGUCCCAUUUUUAUAUUUAUAUUGUAAUUUAACCAAAGAUAGUAAAAUUGGCCAUAUUUUCAUAGUUCUAAAGUAUACUCCUGAGAUGUAUCCACUAAUUACAAAAAAUGUAAUUAUCCUUUUUAACUAAUUUUGGCGUGUGAUAAAUACAUGUAUGACAUUUUCGGUACCUAAUGCUCUUAUUUCUUUGAGUAUGUUUAAUUAUUUUUUUAUCAAGUUCAGCAUUAUUGGAGGAAAAGAGGGGGGAUGUCAUGAAUUGAGAAUUAUCCAUAAAAAGAGGGGGGGGGGGGG